AUGCCACCAUUACCGCCCUUUCCGGGGGAGAUCGAAGCCGUCUUGAUGGAAAGCGGAAGCAAGAUCUUUGCCAAGGUCUAUGAUCGCUUUCGUCGCGCCGAAUACAUUGCAUGGAUCCCUGAAACACAGCGAAUCUUUUUAAAAAAUGGGGAGGAUAUAAGUUUGGGGGCUUUCAAGCUACGAACCCAAAUUUACAAAGAGAUCGAGAUACCGAUGAUGCAGUUGGAAAAAUGUAUUAUAAUUUGUUACCGUAGGAUCACACUGUGCAUAGAAUUGACAUGUCGUAGGCGUUGUAACUCUGCAAAUUUUGAUCGACUUCCUUUCUCGACUUUGCACUGAAUUCGAAGGUGUUGCUUCCGACAGAUGCCAACAACUCCCCGCUAUCCCGGAAGGGUUUGUGGCAGAGAAGACAUGGACACAAGUUAAUACAACCGAACGAUCUAUUGUGAACAACUUAGGACGUGAUGAUAUUUUGCUUCGACUAUCACGCUAUAGCAACUACCGAGUGGCAUCAAUGGACACUGGUUAUUCCUCUUUGUGGUCGUGUGUUCUAAAUUGCAAAGGAAUCCGUGACCGAGUUACGGGGGAUGGAACGUGGGUGCAAACCACUAGACUCAUACUCCGAGAUGAAGCAUCGCAAGAACGGAUUUUCCAUACGAAGACCCAGAUCUAUCAAAAACACGCACUCGUUGCCAUGAUACUCUCGCAAACGGGUCAAAAAUUGAGAACCCACCGUUUAAACACCGCGAAAAUUUGGCGAAUAAUCCAGCAUGAAGUCCAAAAGUUCGGCCUUUUCCUAGAAAUGGAUCCAGAUGCCUACUUAAAGGAAGUAAUUGACAAUUUCCUGAUGACAGCCAAGUCAGCCAAGAUCAUUCACAACGCAAAAGAGCUCCUUCAAAGUCCUUACAGCUUUUGCCUCAAAAAUGCAGCAAGUUUCUAUGAGAAGUAUCUGGAGACACUAUGUAAGCUGGAGCUGGAGCUACUCGACCAAGAUGUCUUGAAAAAGGGUUUACCUGUUCUUUCUGCGAUCUAA